AUCACGUGUUUCCUCUUCCCGUGUCCUUGGUAGCAGGCAGCGGCUUCUUGGCUCCACGGCUGAAGACAUUAUGACGAAAAUAAGCAAAGAGACCAAGCAGCGGCUCCAGCAGCUCUUCCAGUGCGGCCAGUUCGUCAUCCGAUGGGGUUUUAUUCCCACCGUGCUGUACUUGGGCUUCAAACGGGGAGCAGAUCCAGGAAUGCCAGAUCCCACAGUGUUGAGUUUACUUUGGGGAUGAGGACCAUCAAUAAUGCCCUUCCAAAGACCACCACUACCUGCUCCAUUAGGCACGGUUAAAUGUCUCCCAAGUGACACCGCAGCAUCAUCUCUGCAUCAGCACAUGUUAUUUAUACAUUUAUUCUCUCCGAUGGAAAAAUAAAAACAUGACUAAAAUAUAAUUGGACUUGAUUUGGGGGUCAUGGGUGGAAAUCCUUUCAGUACGUGUAGUUUUGCUGAUAAUAUUUGUUGUGUUACUCAAUUACUCUGGAUUUGUUUUUUACAAAUGUUUACAUUUCAAAGUUCUACUUUUUCCCAGGUGUACUACACACUGACAGUUGCCACAGAGCCAAACAGGACAUAAAAGUACUUCAUUUUUCAGGGCAUUUAAACAUUAUGGAUUUUUUUCUUGCUUCCUUUGCCCAAACAACUUCAGCCCUAAAAAGAAAAAAACCCAAACCUGUCAUGUAUUUUUUUUUAACUGAAGAACGAGAUAUUUUUAAGUGUUCUUUCUUAAUCCAUAGUCAUGUUUAAAGCAGCUAGUAUUUUCUCAUGUCGUGACCUCCUUGCUUUUAUCUUAUGUCCGCUAGUAAACGCUUUGUUUUGUCUUAACCUCUUAAGGCCCA